GGCUUGCUUUCCUUCCUCAGCAUGUAUAAGUGAUUGUGGUGCUAGCUACCUUGCCCAAGAAAACUACUUCAAAGUACAAAGGAAAAUACAUCCAAAAAUAAACAUGAAAGCAGAAGGUUACACAUGCGGAGCUCUGAUCACGCACAUCCUGUUGAGCACUACCUUGCUCCACCCCUAAUAACUGGAUUCUUUUAAACAGAGUAGGAGGGAAAUGAAUGCAUAUGAGCAGUGUGAUCAUUACAGAAGUUGUCCAUACUUCAUCCUCGAGCUUUGUCCUUUCAUGCAGUUGCAAACUGAUUCAAACCCAGACAGGAAGGGAGUGAAUCUGCUGAGAGAUGACUUAUUUUUAGAGGUCUUUCCUACUGCGGUGUAUUACUCAGCCUUCCUUGGAUAACAGACAAAUAACCAAUUUCCUUUUGUGUGGACUAAGACUGUGUUAGAAGUUACUGAACAUGCCUUGAGAAACACUUGAGUAAAUGAAGAACAGCUAUUACUUCAGUAUGCAGUGACUUUGGAGAGAGGGAGACUUGGCCCCUAUAAGAAAUAUCGACAGUAUAUGUCUGGACUUCUCACUCCUCCUUAUGGUGUUAUGGAAACUGGCUCCAACAAUGACAGAAUGCCAGAUAAAGACAGUAUGUCAAACAGUGCUCUUUGUCAAGUUUCUAAAAAUUGUAAUAAGACACCUCUUAUUGAUCCUCACAUCCCACAUCAUCCUACUAAAACCAUUAUGCAGGUUCCUUCAGAAAAGAUCCUUAGAGCUGGAAAGAUUUUGCGGAAUACAAUUCUGUCCCGAGCUCCUCACAUGAUAAGAGAUCGUAAAUACCAUCUGAAGACUUACAGGCAAUGCUGUGUGGGGACAGAACUAGUUGACUGGAUGAUGCAGCAAAGUCCUUGUGUCCAUUUACGAACCCAGGCUGUUGGCAUGUGGCAAGUACUGCUGGAAGAAGGUGUUCUUAACCAUGUGGACCAGGAGCACCACUUUCAAGACAAAUACUUAUUUUAUCGAUUUUUGGAUGAUGAGCGUGAAGAUGCCCCUCUGCCAACUGAGGAGGAGAAAAAGGAGUGUGAUGAGGAGCUACAGGACACUAUGCUGCUUCUCUCUCAGAUUGGGCCAGAUGCUCAUAUGAGGAUGAUUCUCAGGAAACCCCCUGGCCAGAGAACUGUAGAUGACUUAGAAUUUAUAUAUGAAGAACUUCUCCACAUUAAGGCCUUAUCUCACCUUUCUACCACAGUAAAACGGGAAUUAGCAGGUGUCCUCAUUUUUGAGUCACAUCCCAAAGCAGGAACAGUCUUAUUUAAUCAGGGAGAAGAAGGUACUUCUUGGUACAUUAUCCUAAAGGGAUCAGUAAACGUAGUCAUUUAUGGCAAGGGUGUGGUAUGUACUCUACACGAAGGAGAUGAUUUUGGCAAGUUAGCACUUGUGAAUGAUGCUCCCAGAGCAGCAUCCAUUGUUCUGCGGGAAGACAACUGCCACUUCUUGAGGGUAGAUAAGGAGGACUUCAACAGGAUCCUUAGGGAUGUGGAAGCAAAUACAGUAAGACUCAAAGAACAUGACCAAGAUGUCUUGGUGUUGGAGAAGAUCCCAGCAGGAAGCAGAAUUUCUAAUCAAGGAAAUUCACAGCCGCAGCACAAGUAUAUUGUGAUGUCAGGAACCCCAGAGAAAAUUUUAGAGCACUUUCUAGAAACUAUGCGCCUUGAAGCAACUUUAAAUGAAGCAACAGAUUCUGUUUUAAAUGAUUUUAUUAUGAUGCACUGUGUUUUUAUGCCAAAUAGUCAGCUCUGCCCAGCCUUGAUGGCACACUAUCAUGCCCAGCCUUCUCAGGGUACAGAGCAGGAGAAAAUGGAUUAUGCCCUCAACAAUAAAAGGCGAGUCAUUCGACUGGUUCUGCAGUGGGCUGCUUUGUAUGGAGAUUUACUGCAAGAAGAUGAAGCAGCAAUGGCCUUUUUGGAGGAAUUUUAUGUAUCUGUAUCAGAUGAUACCAGAAUGAUUGCAGCACUAAAGGAGCAACUUCCAGAGCUAGAGAAAAUUGUAAAGCAAAUUUCUGAAGAACCUAAAGCACCACAAAAGAAGCACAAAGUUCUUCUGCAGCUGUUCAACACCAGUGAUGACAGAGCACAGAAACGCCAGCCUAUCAGGGGCAGUGAUGAAGUUCUGUUUAAGGUGUACUGCAUAGACCAAACCUACACCACUAUCCGUGUGCCAGUGUCUUCUUCUGUGAAGGAAGUGAUCAGUGCAGUAGCAGACAAGCUGGGCUCUGGAGAAGGCCUCAUCAUAGUAAAGAUGAGCUCAGGAGGAGAAAAGGUUGUGCUCAAGCCUCACGAUGUUUCAGUGUUCACCACUCUGAGCGUUAAUGGCCGCCUGUUUGCCUGCCCUCGGGAUCAGUUCGAUUCUUUGGCACCAUUGCCAGAACAAGAAGGACCAUCUACUGGUACAGUAGGAACAUUUGAACUGAUGAGUUCCAAAGACUUAGCACAUCAGAUGACAAUUUACGACUGGGAGCUCUUCAACUGUGUGCAUGAGCUGGAAUUGAUCUAUCACACUUUUGGAAGGCACAAUUUUAAAAAGACCACAGCAAACCUGGACUUGUUUUUAAGAAGAUUCAAUGAAAUUCAGUUCUGGGUGGUCACCGAGAUUUGUCUUUGCUCUCAACUCAGCAAGCGUGUUCAGCUGUUAAAGAAAUACAUUAAGAUAGCAGCCCACUGUAAAGAAUACAAAAAUCUGAAUUCCUUUUUCGCUAUUAUUAUGGGACUGAGUAAUGUUGCUGUGAGCCGUCUCUCAUUAACCUGGGAGAAACUCCCAAGCAAGUUCAAGAAGAUCUAUGCAGAGUUUGAAAGCUUAAUGGAUCCAUCAAGAAACCAUAGGGCCUACAGACUAACUGUAGCUAAAUUGGACCCUCCGAUAAUUCCUUUCAUGCCACUGCUUAUAAAAGACAUGACGUUUACUCAUGAGGGAAACAAGACAUUCACUGACAAUCUAGUAAACUUCGAAAAAAUGCGCAUGAUUGCCAACACUGUCAGGACAGUGAAAUUCUGCCGGAGCCAAUCCUUCAAUCCUGAUGCAGCCCUAGCUAAUAAAAACCAUCAGGAUGUUCGGAGCUACGUGCGGCAAUUAAAUGUGAUUGACAACCAGAGAACUUUAUCACAGAUGUCUCACCGACUGGAACCGCGCCGAGCAUAAACAUUUGAAGCAAUGAUGAGAAACGAUCUUUUAUCCUCUCAAGGUCACUUGUUAAGAACUUCACUUUCUCUGCUACUGCACUGCCACUACAAAAACAAGCAAAAACAUACCAUAAGGUCUUAGGCAACGCACAAUGUACCAGCCUGCUGGAGAACUUUGGCUGAGGAGAAUUUAUGCGCUGUAGGUGUAUGGGUGGCCAUGUUGUGAACUGUUAAUUCAGCUUAAGGUGUAGUAAGUGAUAUCUCAUACAGAUUUAAAAAAAGGUAAAAGAAUAGUUAGUGGGAACUGCACAAAAACUUAUAACAGUUCUAAGGUAGGUAGUGGGUUCUUCUCCCUAAUUAAAAAAUCUGUAUUUUACAAUUUAUGCUUCAGGUCAGGACCAAAACUGAUCGUCAGUUUAGCUUGCUCAGCUACUCGUGACCUCCAUAGAAGAGGAGGAUCUGAUGAAAUAAUGCAGGUUCAAGAGCGGUCCAAGGUAUAGUUCCAUUCAGAGACGACUUACAAAUAUCUCCAUUUUAAAUACAACAAAUACUAAGAAAAAUUCCCAGUCUUAAUCAUACUGUCUACUACUACAAGCAGUGUGGCCAUUUCAGAAAACUGACAGGACUAAAAAUAGUUUGAAUGAUAAAUAGAUUAAUCAGUGUUUACAUUUUACUUGCUUCUUUUUAAAUUACCAAUCAGGUUUUUACAAAAUUCAGUUAAAAAGAAAGGUUGUCAAAAUCAAUAGCAUUAAAGGUAGCAAAGGACUGGUUCAAAAAGAGCACAAUAUGCACAAAUGGAUUUCAAGAGAAUAUUUUCCUGGACAUUAAAACCUUAAACUUCAGCUAGAAUUAAUCGUGGCUGGUUAACACAUUUUCUGGUCUUACACAUUUAAAAAUAUCUUAAUUUUCAGCCAAUUGUUUGCACUUUCAAUAGACUGUAAAUAAAUGUCAAUUUAUUAUGUUCUAGAAUAUUUAUUUAUGUAAUAGUUAUUGUGCCAAAAUAAUUCUGGUUUAUUUAUUUUGUUUAGCAUGUUCUGAGAGUACAGCUUUUGUCUUCACACUCUGUGCAUUUACAUGUAGAAGUUGUGUGAUCUAUCUUUUCUGUAAAUAACACGCAGUACCUUAUUAAAUGUAAUUGCUGGAAA